UUAACGGUCUCGCUCACAUAGAUACGUUCACAUCCCCCCUUUAGAUUUGACGUAAUAGGGUGAGGAAUAUCCUUUUUUUGAGACAUUUUCUCAAACAGCUACUCCCCAGGAAAGACGAUGGCCGUCAAAAUCAGACACUUUCUCUUCUCAAUCUUAAAAUUCCAGAAAACGGACACCUCCGAGACCCGCAACCUUUGCUCGCUUCAUCAGCACCAACAAUGCAGAGGCAUAACCAAGGUCCGUCUUAAAUGGGUCAAGAACCGAAGCCUGGACCACAUCAUCGACACCGAAACUGAUCUCAAGGCCGCCUGCCUCCUCAAGGACGCUAUCAAGCGCUCCCCAACCGGUUUCCUCACUGAAAAGUCCGUCGCCGAUUGGCAGAAACAUCUCGGCCUCACCGUCCCUGUUCUCCGAUUCUUGCGCAGGUACCCCACUCUCUUUCACGAAUUCCCUCAUGCUCGUUACGCCAGCUUACCUUGCUUUAAGCUAACAGACACUGCGUUGUUACUAGACUCGCAAGAACAAAGUAUACACCAAAGCUGUGAGAGUGAUACCGUAGAGAGGCUCUGUAGAGUGCUUAUGAUGAUGAAAACUAGGACUGUGUCGUUGCAAUCGUUGUAUCCUUUGAAAUGGGAUCUAGGUUUGCCGGAUACUUUUGAGAAGAUACUAGUUCCAAAGUACCCCGAUCAUUUUAAAUUCGUUAAGGCCAUAAACGGUCUCGCAAGCUUGCGACUUGCCGAAUGGCGUGAGGAAUUCACCGAGUCCGCAUUGGAAAGGAGUAAUGAGCGCAGUAGAUUGAGUGAUGAGUAUAGGCAAUUCAAGAGGGGGCAAACGGCAUUGGCAUUCCCAAUGACUUUUCCAAGGGGAUACGGGGCACAGAAGAAGGUGAAGGCAUGGAUGGAGGAAUUUCAGAAGUUACCAUACAUUUCGCCUUAUGAGGAUUCUAGGAAGAUCGAUCCUAAUAGUGAUCUUAUGGAGAAACGGGUUGUUGGUGUUUUGCAUGAGAUGUUAAGCUUGACUAUUCACAAAAAGACCAAAAGGAACUACCUAAGAAGCUUGAGGGAGGAACUGAAUCUUCCGCACAAGUUUACUCGAAUCUUUACAAGGUAUCCAGGGAUAUUCUACCUGUCGUUGAAGUGCAAAACAACGACCGUGGCUCUUAAAGAAGGGUAUCGCCGGGGAAAACUCGUGGACCCGCAUCCCCUUGCACGUCUGAGGGAGAAGUUUUAUCAGGUUAUGAGAACAGGGCUCCUUUAUCGCAGUAAGGGCGUGAAUUUGAUUCCCCGCCAAGAAAUUUUGCUUGAUAAUAAUAUGGAAGAUGAGACGGGGCUAGAAGAUUCUGAGGUGGAAGAGAUUGAGACCGAUGAGGAAUGCUGUGAGGAUGAAAUCUCAGAGAUGGAUGAGGGAUCUGACGAACAGUAGUAUGAGUAAAAGCAAACUGGGAAACAUGAUAAUUGGUUCAAGGUAUGGAAUUCUACUCGAAAGUAGUCAAUUUAGAUCCUUUUCUUAAACGAGUGUGAAAAUAACUAGGGAUGUUGAUUCUAUGAUCGGUGCGAUGGUUGUUUGUUGUUGAUCUUCCUGCUGACUCAUUGGACAAUUCUUUCUAUGUUGCCAUUUAAAUCCCCCUUUGCACCA